AUGAGUGCCCCUCAGUAUUAUCCAAACACGCUAGAGCCACUGCAGAUAAACCAAGAGAAUUUGCAGAAGGCUCUCCAUGAAUUUCGCGGGGCCGUUAAUCAUGGAACUCAUCUGGUUCAGCAAGGCUGCCCUCCUUCAGCGGAGUGGGGUAGUGCCGGGUUGUACUUGGGAGUAGCAGGGACCGCUCUCGCUUUCCUGAGGCUUGAGCGUCAAGCUUUAUCCUUGACAGAGCCAGGCAAGGCUCCUAUCGACUUCGGUAAACUAGCGAGGGAGCGGAUAGUGCCACAUGGACCAGACUUGCGUUUGAAACCAGGCUGGCUGUCGCCUCUGGGAUCAUUUUCCCCAGUAACAGGGGCCUUGAUGCGUAUCUUAGCAGCAGCGACGGAUGGCAGUGUAAUCUCCGAUGCCGACAUCACUUGUCUUGAAGAUGCGGUUAAGCUGGCAAUCCAGAAUGGGCCCAUGGUGCCCCAGGGAGAUAAAAUGAUGGGAGGUGAUGAGCUUAUCUACGGUCGACCUGGAUUGCUUUGGUCCAUCCUCAAUCUCCGGGUUCAGCACUUCGAUGAGAACACAAGGAGGCGCCUACAACCUGUUUUCGAUGCUCUACCUGACCUUAUUGACGUGAUAGUCGAUGCCGGAAGACAAGGACAGAAGAAUUAUAUCAAAAUGCACGGAGAGAAGGAUGCGCUGCCCCUGAUGUGGUCGUGGAAGGAAGACCGAUUUUAUCUAGGCGCUGUUCAUGGCAUCGCCGGUGUUCUUGCGAUUAUCCUUGCUUGUCAUGCCGAGGAGGUCAAUGAUGACGCUUCGCACAAAUAUCUCCCUUGGAUAGCGGGUACUAUCACAGGUUUGUGCAAGAUAUGUAUUGCUAAUAACGGGCACCUUCCCACACGCAUUCCUCCGUCUUCCCGUCAUUCAUCUCCACUUGUGCAGUUAUGUCAUGGUAGCCCUGGAUUGUUGGUUCUCAUGGCAUGUGCAAGAAGAAGCCCAUUGGUCAUUGAGUACUGGGAACCCGAAUGGGAUGAAGCUAUUCAUUUAGCAGCUGAAAGCGUCUGGAGAGAAGGGCUGCUAUCGAAGGGUGGCAGUUUGUGUCAUGGCAUUGCUGGAAAUGCACUGCCGCUGCUACUCAUGCACGACAGUUUUGAGUACGAUGUGGAAAUGAUGCAGACAGCGAAGCGCAACUACAUAAAGCGAACCGAGACAAUCGAGACUAAACGCUUAGAAGACAAUCUCUCAAGCGACUAUUUCUUGUCUAGAGCGCUAACACUGCUGUUGCAUGCGCGGGAGACGCCGCCUUACAGCAACUCGCCCGAGAACAUCUAUCGUAUGCCUGACCGCCCGUUCUCACUGCAUGAAGGACUAGCGGGUACGGUUUGUGCGUGGGCCGAUGCUUGUGUGGCAAUCCAAGCGAGACUGCGAAAGAUAGAGAUGGAGCUGGAGGGCAACGGGCCAGUCGUAGAGGCUACUUUGCAAAAAGACCCGACUUUCAAGGAACUAAUGAACCGCCAGCUAGGGUUCCCAACCAUCGCUCACCACAGACCGACAGGUCUGCCUUGA